AUGGGAUUGACCAAACUGUUCGUUUUCGCUAUUUUGUCUAGUUGCAACAUUCCUUACAAGAAGAAGAGAGUUGAUAAUGAAAACGAUGAAAAUAAAGCUCCGAACUACCAAAAUGUGUGCAAACUCAACAAGAAUGACUCUACGACCCCAGAAGAGCAACAGGAACACGGGGACCACAAGGGGGACGAUCCUCCAGCAGCAAAACUAGCACGCAUUGCUAGUCAGAAAAAUAUACUUGGAUUCGAGCAAUAUGAGGCAAAAAACUACCAGAACGCGCUCAAUUUCUACAAAGACGCCAUCUCGUUGUGUCCCGACUCGGCCUUGUAUCACUACAAUCGCGGGACCAUGUACGAGUAUCUCCAAGACUUCAAUAGUGCUCUGACGGAUGCCCGCAACGCCAUCCGAUUGGAUCCAAGCUUCGGGAAGGCGUACGUCCUUGUGGCCAGGUGCUGCCUGGCGCUGGGUGACAUCAUUGUCUUGGAGCAGGUCGUGAAGACGGCGGAGGUGAAUGCCCAAACUACGCAUGCCAGCAUACAGCCGCUGGUGCAGCAUUUCCAACAGUUGGACGCGGCCAUACAGACCAACUACGACCAGAAGGCCUAUCGAAAAGUGGUCUACUACCUGGAUAGUGCUCUGAACCAGUCACCAUUUUGCAUUCGAUAUCGUCUUCUGAAGGCCGAAUGUCUGGCCUAUCUAGGGAGCUGCGAUGAGGCCUUGGACAUUGCCGUGGACGUGAUGAAGAUGGACAGCACCUCUGCGGACGCCAUAUAUGUGCGCGGUCUGUGCCUCUACUACACGGACAAUCUUGAGAAGGGUAUUCUGCACUUUGAGAGCGCUCUGACCCUCGAUCCCGACCACCACAAGUCGAAGCAGAUGCGCAGCAAGUGCAAACAGCUGAAGGAAAUGAAGGAGAACGGCAACAUGCUGUUCCAGUCGGGGCGGUAUCGUGAGGCGCAUGAGAUCUACACCGAUGCUCUGAUGAUCGAUGAGCAGAACAAGGACAUCAAUUCAAAGCUUCUCUACAAUCGGGCACUGGUCAACACUCGCAUUGGAGCUCUCAGUGAAGCGGUGACGGAUUGCAGCCGCGUCCUGGAGUUGAAUGCUCAGUAUCUGAAGGCCUUGCUGCUUCGGGCCCGCUGCCACAAGGAUCUCGAGAAUUUCGAGGAGGCUGUGGCCGACUAUGAGACGGCCCUCAACCUGGAGAACACCACCGAGAUUGAGCAAUUGCUGAGCGAUGCUAAGUUUGCCCUGAAAAAAUCAAUGCUAAGGGAUUACUAUACGAUAUUGGGGAUUGGGCAGAAUGCAUCUCAUGAGGAAAUCAAAAAGGCCUACCACAAGAAGGCUCUGGAGCAUCAUCCGGACAGACAUUCUACCAGCAGUGUCGAGAAGCGCAAGGAGGAGGAGCUGAAGUUCAAGGAGGUGGGCGAGGCCUAUGCCAUACUGUCGGAUGCGCGCAAGAAGGCGAGAUACGACAGCGGACAGGAUAUUGAAGAGCAAGAGCAGGAUAACUUUGCUCGAAAUGAGUGA